AUGAGUAUGGGGUCAUACGAAAUUGAUACAGCGCGAACAACCCCGGGUGGAGUAGGAUACAAAAACACCAACAAUAAUAGCACCAAUACAAACAAUUUAGGAAUAGCAGAGACAGAAGAAGUCAAAACACUGAGAGCAAGUCACCAAGACUCGUUGGCUACACUGCGUGAAUUAUUUGAGAAUUGGACUGAUGAAGAUUUGUUGUUCGCCUUGAAAGACAGCGAUGGAGACCUUGAACUUACCGUUUCGAGAAUUUCCGAUGGACAUGCAAACCAGUGGGGUGAAGUAAAGUCCCGAAAACACAAGAAAGAAUCUAAUACGAAAGUGAAGGCGUCUUCAGGUGUCAGCAGUCAACGUGGGCAAUCAUCAAGGGGUGGUGGCGGUGGUGGACAUAAUGAUCGUUUUAAUAAUGAGCGGGGACGGAGUCGUGAGGGAGGUAAUUAUCGCGGCGGAAAAUUCUCAUCGAGUGAUCGUGAACGUCGUCAAGCAUCUCAAGCAUCUCAACGACGUGAAAAUGGAGCAGGCAAUCACAUUAGGCCUCCACGUCAACAAAAUGGUCCAAGUCAUCAUCACGGUUAUCCUAACGAAGCUAACGGAAGCUGGAACAAACGGAAUGGUGAGACUAUUAACAAUUCGUCUGGUUGGGCUAAUGACACCACUACUAGUACUACUGUUGGAACCCGAGGUGAUAGUGCCAAUGAAACAAAAUGGCAAACUGACACUGGAUCGUCUCUUAAUUUGGGUCCUUCUGGCGAUACCUCUACUCAUCAUGACGACAAUAAUAAUACCGCCGUUACCGACGCGAAAAGUGCUUGGGGCAAUGAAAAUGCAUCAAGUAGCUUUAAGAGUCCCUUGGACACCAAAGAAAGUCCUACAACUGGUGGUGGCGGUUGGAAUAGUCCUAAACCUAGCUUGAAUAACAAUGAAAACAUCACCACAACUACUAAUAAUAGCUCAAAUGGUGCCUGGAGCGCCACGGAUAAUAAAGAUUCGAAUGAUGCAUAUAGUUGGAGCUCUACGCCUGCCGCCAAGGAUUCAUGGAGUGCAGAGCCGUCAAAAGAUAGUUGGACUGCGAAUAACAGUUGGGGUGAAAGUAAAUUAGAGGAUGAUAUUACUUCACACUCGCCGCGACCGACAAACGCAAGCAAACCGGUUACUGCUGCAAAAUCACCCAUUUCUCGGACAAUACCAGCACAGUCCAAAACUUCUUGGGCGCAAAUCGUGAAGCCAGAAUCUAAACCAGAGCCGAGACCUGAACCUAUCUCAUCACCAUCUCCAAAAGUAUCGUCCGAAAUACCAAAAUCAGUUUCACCUAGGUUACCGAAAACUAACACUCUUACUUCUAACAUUACCAAUACUAAUAUUACAACCACUACCGCUGCGUCCUUACAAUCAUCUCCAACACCCAAAUCCUUUGAACCUUAUAAUGAACCCGCGUCGAUUCCAUCCAUCUCAUCACCCGAAAUAACAACUCCAUCACCGGUAACCGAUACUUCAAAGACCACCGAAGAAAACUUGAAGGAGUACGUAAAAGAGGCUUCUCAGUUAGAACAUUCUAUUCCGUCCGUCGCUUCAUCCCCGUUAGUAAAUGCAUCACCGCGCACAAAAGAAAUUUUGCCACCUGGUUUAAAUAAUAAAUCUAAAGGACAGACAGCUGCUCGUCGAAUGAAACAAGAUACCCCUGUCGUAAUGCCAGCAGGCGCUGGAGUAGAAAGAGUUGGUGUGCAAUUCGGUAGUUUGAGUUUAACAUCUCCAACCCCUGAACAUGCAGAAUUGGAAAGUACUUCACCUGUUCCUACAUCACAAACUAUCGAGGAUAUUUCAUCAUCAAUCAUCGCCACAGAGACUCAAAUUCAACAACAACAGGUAUCUCAAAAUGCGACGUCAUCAUUACUGCAAACACCACAAUUGCAACAACAAAUUACAACUAAUGAUACAUCGUCGUCCUCCACAACUCAUGGGACAGCACCAAAUCCAACUCCCACUAAUAUUAAUACAUUUAAUCCGACAUAUUUCAAACAACAAGAGCAAACAUCUGCUGCAUAUAUGGGACAACAACCUCAUCUGGGAUUAGGUGAGCCAUAUUCGUACUUACCAACCCAACCUCCAAGUCAGAUCUCUGGAUUUGGAAUUGGACCGAUGCAGUCAUUACCUGAUCAAUAUGCGUCUCCUGUGACAUCGAAUGCGUAUCAAACUCGUGAUACCAAUAAAUAUGCUCCAGAAACGAAUUCUACUACUACCACUUCAGCUGCAUCUCCAUAUGGCUAUCCAGCUGCAACGCCGACAACCCCCAAUGCUCCCCCGCACCAUUAUUCACAUUCAUCUAACUCCGGCUAUGAUGAAGUUACGGUGGCGACAGCUGCAGCUGCAGCUAAUAUACAUCAUUUGCCCGGAAGUGGAGUUCCCGGUGUUCAUGAUUAUCAAAAAGCAUAUGGAGCUGGAACGGGUGGUGGUAUUCCACAACUUCAAACCUUUCUAAAUAGCGGGGCGAAUAAUAAUCAAGGCAGUGGCGGAGUAUCGGCGGUAUCUAAUUCUUCAAGCGGUGGUAAAAAUGGAAGUAACGGUAAUGAAUUGAAUCCCUCUAAUCAAUACAAAGGAUAUGAUAAAUCAUCGUCUGCUGGUGGCGUAGUCAAUAUUGGGGUCAACAAAGCAGCUGAAUAA